AACUUGAUCCGCCCCUUCUGCGCGUGCGUACCGCCUUCCCGCCGUUUCCGUCCCCAGCUUCGGAAGCGCUGCGUGGGCAGCGGUCUGCGGUUGUACUGCGGUACUGUGGUCUGGCGUUGGUAGACUUGGGUUUUUCUCGCCACCUGCGACGGGUCAGCGGCAUCUCCCACCGCUCGGCGCUUGCGCGAACUGUGGCUGUUCGUCGCCAUGACAGCGAACGCCGCAGGCCCUGAAUCUUGGAGUGAAAAUAUACUGGAAUAUUUUCUGAGAAAUAACCAGAUCACAGCAGAAGAUGGCGCCCAGAUCAUCUGGUAUCAUGCAGCUAACAGCAAGGCACACAUGAAUGAAGCAUUGAAAAGUUCUGCUCAUAUGAUAGAGGCUGAUGUCAUUCUUCCAAAUGAUGGAACAGAGUAUGGCCAGCCAAUCAUGGCCCAUCCUCCAGAAACAAACAGUGAUAAUACUUUACAGGAAUGGCUGGCUGAAGUUAUAAAAAGCAAUAAAGGCAUCAAGCUGGAUUUCAAGAGUUUGGCAGCUGUAAAGCCAUCCAUGAUGCUCUUGGAAAAUGUGAAGAGGCAUGUGAAGUGUCCUGUGUGGAUCAAUGCUGAUAUUCUUCCUGGUCCAAAUGGAAAUAACAGAGUAGUGGAUGCAGAAUCUUUUAUAGACACUGUGACAUCCUUCUUUCCAGAUGUGACACUUUCCCUGGGUUGGACAACAGGGUGGCACUCUGAGAAAGUCAAUGAAGGUUACAGUUGGACAAUGAUAAAAGAGAUGGAAUAUAUAUGUAAGGAACUAAAUCAGCCUGUAACAUUUCCUGUCCGAGCAGCAUUAGUUAAACAAUCUUGUUCUCAGUUACUUUGGCUGUUAAAGCAGUCAAACAGGUACAGCCUGACUAUUUGGACUGGAAAAAAUGAUAACUAUUCCAUUGAAGAUUUGCUUUUUAUUAGAGACCGUUUUGACAAAAAACAGGUUUUCUAUGACAUCUUGGAACCACAGAACCAUGAAUUUAAACAAGCCAUUGGAAUCAAAAUUAAUCACUAAGAUGAAAAUUCUUUUAAAUUAUUUCAUGUUUUGGUUUCAUAAUCCUUCUUUACUUUUUGGUCUGAAUUAAUUACCAUAUAAAUGAUGAUGAUUGAUUUAUGUUCCAGUUCAUCCAAUCAAAAGCCACUUAUUGAGAGCUUAGUCUAUUAGGCAUGUGUUGUUAUAAUUCUGUGCUUACCUAAAAGGUUUAGAAAGAAGAGAUUUCAGUGGGCCUAGUCUAGUAAUAACUUAGGAAGAUUAUGCUUUAAAACCCUUCAUAAAAAUAAUUUUGAUAUACUGAGGAAAGAAUCCACAUAUCCUACAGGUAUUAAAUCACAUUUUUUUGGCACUAGCAAUACAGAGAUUUCACAAAAAUACGGCGUUCUCUUUCCUUUUCCCUGGAGAACUGCUUAUUUCAGAGAUUACAAAAGAGUAAGAAGGCUUUUAAUUAAAAAAAUGUUUUUAGCUUUCACAGGGGUGAGUAGCUUUCUGUAACAAAAUCAAAUCUAUUUACUGAAAACAGUAUAAAUUAUAUGGAUCUAGAUUUUCCAUUUUGUUGGGAGCAUGCUGACAGCUAUGCGUAUUUUUUGUAUUCUUUGUUUUGAUCAUAGUAUCUCGUCUAGAGUGAGCAAAAUACUAUUGGAGAACAGAAUUUUAAUCCUGGUAAUAUAUCAUUUGAUUUUCUUUUCUUUCUUUCUUUCUUUUUUUUUUGUCUUUUGUCUUUUUAGGGCCGCACCUGCGGCAUAUGGAGGCUCCCAGGCUAGGGGUCUAAUCAGAUCUAUUGCUGCUGGCCUACACCACAGCCACGGCAACGUGGGAUCCAAACCACAUCUGCCACCUACGCCACAGCUCAUGGCAAUGUUGGAUCCUUAACCCAAAGAGUGAGGCUAGGGAUCGAACCAGCAACCUCAUGGUUCCUAGUCGAAUUCAUUUCUGCUGCGCCACGAGGGGAACUCCUCAUUUGAAUUUCAGGUUCCUCACUAGCACCUCUUUGGUUCAGGCUCUUGUUCUCCUAUAAUUUCAAAACCUAGUUCUUUAUGACGUCAUUUCUCACACUCUAGAUAACCUGAGUAUUUCUGCUGAAAAAAGUAAUUUUUUUUGAAAUACUUCUUUCUUUAUGCCAAAUGAAAAAUCUCUAGGAACUUCUUAAAUUCAGCUUUAGUGAAUUUUACUCUUUCAAGACCCUUUCUAAUGUAGUUCCAUUCUGAAACUCAGUGUCCUUAACACAGUCCUUCAUUUCAAAAAUCAGUGGUCUUCAGAUCUUACUUUAACAGUUAAUUUUAACUUCUGUUGUUCAAUAGUUGUGUCAUACAUUUAUGUCUUGUCAGUUAAAUUAUAAAGUCCUUCUCCAUAAGGGAGCAUUCUUAACUUCCAUUACAGUGCCUGGCAUAGUUCUGAGCAAGAUAUGCAGAAAAACGUGUUGCUUCUUUGAUUUACUGAAAAUUAAUUUACCAGUGAAUGUCCUAAGAUGUGUAAUUGAUCUUUUACAAGCCAUUUCUCCCAGAGAAUACAGUGGUGCUUUGUAGAGAAAAGAGCUUGGGUUUUGAAUUCAGGCAGACCUCCCUUACAGCCCCAUGUCUGCCCUCUACUAGCCAUAGAUUUGGGAAAAUAUUUAACCUCACUGAGUUCUGGCUUUUUAAUCCAUAAAGCAGGUGUGUGGGAGAAUGAGGAUUCUCUUGUAGGAUUGUUGUGAAGAUUAAGGGAGAGUCACACAAUGGAAGCGUGUAGCAUAAUGCUUGUCACAUAGGAAGUGCUCAACAGUUAGUUCUCUUCUUUUAGACUGAUCACAUCCGUUGUAGAUAGAAAGAUAGCAAUAAGAUAGAACAUGAAAUAUUGUAGAUAUAUAAAUGCUUAAUACAAUUGUAUUUCUACUUUAAAUUUUAGGUACAACUGAAUAUGGUGCUAUUUGUAAAUAAUACCUAAAACAUCAUUUUCUGUGGUUGUUUGCCAAAAGAAAAAGGUGCCAGUACGUAAUUAUAAAAUUUUUAACAAUUGCGACAAAUAAUAACUCUUAAAAUCAUAGCAAAAGAUAAUGUUUAAAUUAUAAAUGUUCUACAAUGACCAUGUUUCGCUUUUACAAAGAGAACUGAAUUUAUAAAUGGACUGCAUUUUAAUUGUUUGAAAUAAAAUUCAUUUGUCCAGUA